AUGGGAACUCUGCGCUUCACCGUUGAUUCGGUCGACUGGGCGCGCAUCGAGCUGCUGGACCGCAUCUUCUCCACCACGAAGAGCAUCAUCAUUGGAGUUGCUUGUGGGACGGGCCUUGUACUUUUGGCUCUCAUUGCAUUCCUUGUUUUCAACAAAUUUAAGCAUCGGAGGGCCCAAAUGUCGGAAGGGAAGUAUUUCCAGCGAAACCGUGGGCAAUUGCUGCGACAAUUGGCAUCUCAAAGAGCUGAUGUUUCAGAGAAAAUGAUCAUGACCUUGAAAGAGCUAGAGAAGGCAACAAACAAUUUUGAUCAAGGUCAUGAAAUUGGUAGUGGUGGGCAUGGUACUGUGUACAAAGGGAUUUUGCCUGACCUCCAUGUUAUAGCUAUUAAAAAACCAAAGACGGUAUCUCAAAGGGAGACUGAUGAGUUUAUUAACGAGGCUGCUAUCCUAUCACAAAUUAACCACAAGAAUGUGGUAAAACUAUAUGGUUGUUGCCUUGAAACCGAAGUCCCAUUGUUAGUCUACGAGUUCAUAUCCAACGGAACUCUUCGUGAUCAUCUUCAUGUUGAAGGACCGAUAUCAUUAUCAUGGGAUGACAGGCUACGAAUAGCAACAGAAACGGCCAGAUCGCUAGCCUAUCUUCACUCGGGAACUUUAAUACCAAUCAUCCAUGGAGAUAUCAAGCCUGCUAACAUACUUCUGGAUGAUACUCUAACAACAAAGAUAGCAGACUUUGGAACUUCAAGAUACAUUCCAUUGGAGAAAUCAGGGUUAACAACAAUGGUGCAAGGCACACUAGGAUAUGUAGACCCAGUGUAUUUGCACACAGGGCGCCUCACAGCAAAAAGUGAUGUUUAUAGCUUUGGUGCUAUGCUUAUAGAACUGAUGACUAGAAAGAAGCCAUUUGACUAUAUGGCUAGCGAAGACAAUAUCCUUGUGGAACAUUUUGCUACCUUAUUUGCAGAAGGCAAUUUGUCACUAAUAUUAGAUCCACAAGUUAUGAAUGAGGGUGGUAACCUAAUUGAAGAAAUCGCUGGAAUUGCAGUAGCAUGUGUAAAAUUAAGAAGGAGGGAACGACCAACCAUGAGAGAAGUGGAAUUGAGAUUGCAAGUCGCUCAAUCAUCUAAGGGAUUUAAGGCGGAUGUUAAUACUAUAGUUGAUUCCCUGUUACAUAGAGAUGAAAGAAUCAGAGAGGGGUUGACUAGCAGACAAUAUAGUAUGGAAGAAGAGUUUAUGUUAUCUGCAAGAUACCCGCGGUAG